GAAAUGAGUUGAUCGGGUUAGUUUUUAACGCCUCUACUCUAGAGUUCGAGUCAUCUAUGUCAAACUAAUUUCUUAAUCUCAACCCGGUUCCAAGCCCGAAAAUCAAAAUGAAUGAAGUGGGACUUUGGUGGAAUUUAGGCGGCCAUUUCCACGUUGUUUUUGUUUCCUUUAUUCUCAGUUUCUUAAGGAAUGAACAUAGAUACUCUUUUGAAUUAAAAAAAAAAAAAAAAAAACCCAAAAUAUCCUAAAAUAUAGGGAAACAAAAUUGAAAAUUGUUAAAACUUUUCUGAUUAACCCUUUUUACAAUUACACGGUCAAUUAAUUUCGCCUUCUGAAGUUACGUUACAAUUUCUUUGCAAUUGUUAGAUCCAGUCAAUUUUCAAAUUCAGAGUCCCAAACACAACUUGAAAUUUCUUAAUGACGCAUAUCCAAUUUAUAAAACAAACGCUUUUCUCUUGGUGAUUAAAACGCUUGCAGGUUGAAAUUCAAUCGGUUUUCUUAAUUGGGUUCUUCUUUGAUUUGGACAUUUUGAUCAUUCUGCAACUGGGUUGAAAUUUUCUCAAUUGGGUAUUGCUGGAAGUUAAAUUUUCUGGAAUUAGGGUUUGAGGGUCAGCUUGAAAUCAGUCAAAUUGGUUCAAAGUUGAUAGUUUAUGGGAAUUUGUGUUAAGAAUCGAAUUGGUUAUUUUGGAUUUUUGGAGCUACUGCAUAAAGGGGGAAAUUUGUUGCAUUUUAAAGUUAUUGAAAUCCCUUUUUUAGGGUUCUUGUUGUUAUUGAUUGAUUCUAGUGCCAGGUGAAUUUGAGGUUCUGGGUUUUAUUGAUGAGAUGAAAAGUAUUUUUUGUGUUUGGAAUAGUGAAGCUACCGAAAAUGCAAAUAAAAGAUGUGGGGUGUUGUAUGGUGCUUGUUCUUGUGUUUUGGUCUCUUUUGGGAAUGACCCUGGAAGAUAGGACGGUGAUCCGGGAAAUACUUUCUGGUUUCGAGCUCGAUUGGGCUCCUGAAGAGUUUGAUCAAAAUUUGGUGGAGGUAUUAGCUAUUAGUUGCAGGCAUGAGUUGAUACAUGUGAAUCAAAUUUAUAAAGGUCUUGGUUUUACUGAGCCAGAUGCUUCAGGAUCAAAAACUGGAAAAAUUCUCAACAGUCAAGCAUUGACAGAGAAUAAUGUUCGGAAAGCUCUCAGCAUUAUAGAGCCACAGAAAAAGAAUAACAUCUUCAAAUGCUUCAGGGAUAAUUUUCAGAUCUCCCCAAUCUCCGGUGAAGAUGCCAGUCAGGUUGGUUGGUUUCAUAAAGAUCUGCAUUCCGUAUACCUAAAGUUGAAGCCCACUUUCGACUCAAGAAGGCUUUUAGCUGAAGUUCCUUCUCCUUUUCCUUCUUCUCCUUCUCCAUCUCCAUCUCCAUCUCCAUCUCCAUCUCCUUCUCCUGCCUUUGCCCCUUCACCUCGAUCUUCUGGCUUUAAACCUUCUGGUCCAAAGCGCAAAGCUCCACCUCCACCAGACAUUUUUUCCUUUCCAAUAUCUGUUCCCAAAUCUUCACCAGAUGGUGGACAUUCUGAGCCAGACUCAGCAGCAGACACUGACAGCAAAGACCAUAGCCGCACUACAAUUGUUGUUGCUGUUGUUGUUACUGCAUGUGUAACAUUUUUCGCUGCUUUAAUCAUAUUUUUAUGCUGUCGUAAAGCUUUUGGCGGAGGUUCCAAAAUGGAACAUAAGGAUGACAGACCCCUUCUAAGCUUAAGCUCAAGUGAUAUCUCUGCUAGUGGUUCUUCACCAAAGUUUUGGACUUAUGAAAAUUCUGUUCAGAAAGGAAAUGCUGUUUACUUAAGUACAAUUGGUGGUGUCUCUUCAGAUGUUAAGUUCUCAAUGGAAUCUGCUAACAAUGUGACAGCAAAUACUUCCUUUGAUACUUCAAACGUGUCUAGCAAUAAUAAUGUAUCAUCAGGGCUGAAGCCACCUCCUGGAAGAACUGGUGUGCCUACCUCUGGAAAGCCUCCUUUGAGGCCACCCCCUGGGAGAGCAGAUCCCUUGCCACCUGAACGCCCUGCUUCCUUGAGGCGAGCUCCAAGCACAGGAGGACCACCUCCUCCUCCUCCAAAGCCCCAAGCAGCUGCUCCUCCUCCUCCUCCCCCUCCUAAAAAAACAGCCCCACCUCCUCCUGGGCCUCCUCCACCGCCACCAGCCCGUGGAGGGAAGCCUGGGCCCCAAGCACCACCACCGCCAAAGGGUGGCAGUACACCAUCUCGACUCCCACCAAUUGCAGUCAAAGGUAGCAGUUCUGCUAAUGGGGAUGAUGCUUCAAAAGCCAAGCUAAAACCGUUCUUUUGGGACAAGGUUCAAGCCAACCCUGAACAUUCAAUGGUUUGGGACCAACUUAAAUCAGGGUCUUUCCAGUUCAAUGAAGAGAUGAUAGAGUCAUUAUUUGGUUUUGCUGCUUCUGAGAACAAAAAUAAUAAAAAGAAAGUUUCUUCCUCUGGCGAUCCACCAUCACAAUUUAUUCAACUUAUUGAUCAGAAAAAGGCACAAAAUCUUUCUAUCCUUUUACGGGCACUAAAUGUUACUACUGAAGAAGUUCGUGAUGCUCUGCUAGAAGGGAAUGAGCUUCCUUCGGAACUCCUUGAAACUUUGUUAAAAAUGGCUCCAACCCAAGAAGAAGAACUGAAACUGAGACUUUUUGAUGGUCAAAUAUCUCAACUUGGACCAGCUGAGCGGUUUUUGAAGGCUUUGGUGGACAUCCCUUUUGCAUUCAAGCGAAUGGAUACUUUACUUUUUAUGGUUACUCUACAAGAGGAAGCUACAUCAGUGAAGGAAUCCUUCUUUACUUUAGAGGCUGCUUGCAAGGAACUCAGAAAUAGUCGCCUUUUUCUGAAGCUUCUAGAAGCUGUUCUUAAGACUGGUAACCGUAUGAAUGAUGGAACGUAUCGUGGUGGUGCUCACGCAUUUAAGCUGGAUACAUUGUUGAAAUUGGCCGAUGUCAAAGGAACAGAUGGCAAGACCACACUUCUCCAUUUUGUUGUUCAGGAAAUAAUCCGCUCAGAAGGUGUGAGGGCUGUCCGUGCUUCCCGAGAGAGCAAAAGUAUGUCCAGUGUUAAGUCUGAAGAUCUUUUGAAAGAUGUUCCUGAUGAUUCUGAGGAGCACUAUCGCAGUCUUGGUCUUCAGGUUGUUUCGGGAGUAGGAGACCAGCUAGAAAAUGUCAAGAAAGCUGCAUGUUUGGAUUCAGAUAUUUUGACAGGAACCCUUACAAAGUUCGGAAAUGCUUUGCGUAAAGCAAAGAACUUUCUCAACAAAGAAAUGUCAGAAGUGGAUGAAAAUAAUGGUUUCCACCGAGCCCUUAAAAGCUUUGUAGAGCUUGCUGAGGGUGAUAUCACUCUUCUAUUGGAGGAAGAAAAAAGGAUUGCGGCUCUUGUAAAGAAUACUGUGGAUUACUUUCAUGGAAGUUCUGGAAAGGAAGAGGGAUUGCGUUUGUUUGUUAUAGUCCGAGAUUUCUUAAUAAUGUUGGACAAAGCAUGCCGAGAGGUGAAGGAGACGCCGAGGUGGCCUACCAAAAAUCAGAAGAAACGAGAGCCUCCUUCAAGGCAAACGUCUUCAGAAACCCCUCGAACACCGUUUUCUCCUGAUUUUCGCCAAAAACUUUUCCCAGCUAUUGUAGAGAGGCGAAUGGACGAUGGUACCAGUUCAGAUGAUGAUUGAGGACACACCGACACAGUAUAUCCUCUAGUUGUAAUAGUAGAUUUCAGCUGGGGGAUCAGGAGAUUGAAGGACUGUUGAUUUUGGAAUCCCAAGUCUGAGAAGAUCAACACUUACCAUCCUUCUGAAGUGAGUUUUUCAGAAGGUCUGGCUUCAAAGGCAUAGGCAUAUGGAAUAUUGACCGUGCCUCGGCUGUGCAUCAUCACAGAUCCCCCUUAUAGAAAUAUACCUUCAGCUCAAAUUCUCCUAGUGACUCAUGCUUAGUUACAACUAUUUCACCUUGUAAUUUAUUUUUAAUUAAAUUUAUUUAGUUGAUUUUUUGUAUGAUCGUCUCUAGACUGUAGAUCACAAUUAUUGCCUGACUGUUUGAAACUAGACAGUAGUUUCAUAUUAUAAACUGAAUAGAAAAUUUUAUCAUGCAAA